AUGGACACGGUAAGCUCGGAGAUUUCGAAGAACUCGCCAGGUACUUUGGAUUUGGAAGCCUUGAUUAAUGCUACUGAUUCAGUUACUGCGGAGUUUCUGAACUCUCGAGCAAAGAACCAAAAGUCAAAGAAGAAAGGCAAGAAGAUGAAAAAGAAGAAGAAGACGAAAGAAAACUUGGAGGAGAGUGUUACUGCCACUGGAGACGAAAUUCCAAAUGAAAAGACCAAAGAAUCGACAUCUACCGUUGUAGAAUCUUUAAUUCCCAAUACGAAUGAUAACGAGAACAAAAAAAUACAAAAGACAUCUGCAAUUGUUAAUCUGAACAGCCUUUUGAAAGAAAGUGCUGAUAAACCAGUUAAAGUUAAUUUAGUGGAAACCGAUUCCCACAAAAAUGAUAAUGGACAUGACUUAGAAAGCUCUGACACAAUCGAGAAUCCGAAAACCCUAGGAAACGACCAAAGUGGCGUUAUGGUGAAGGAAGCCAACCCUGCCAUUGUGGAAAAUGAUAGAAAGGUUGAUGAUCGGGAGAUUGUGCUUGAUCCUACCACUCCCUCGGACACAGCGCAGAAGGGCAACAGUGAACAAAAUCCUACUGUGAAGGAUGACCCUGUGAUAUUUUCCAAUAAGACCAAUACUGCGGACGCUACUACAGAGAAGAAUUCCAUGGAGUCUAAAGUUGACUUUGGAUCCAAUGCUGAGAAUGCGAAAGACACAUCAAAUAUUGCGACUUCAUCCAAAACUAAGGAUAGUUCUUCUGUGGAACCAAAUUGUGAACAAGAGAAACUCUCACCAACAACGUUGAACAUCCCAAACAAAGAGGCGGCUUCUUUAGAGACCCAAGAUCUGUCAAGAUCUGCGACUCUGAAAGAGUCAAAACUAGAAAGUGUAACUGCCGCGGACUUGCCAAAGCAAGGCAGUACAGAGAAGAUUAUCGAUUCUAGUACUGAUCUUGCAGCAAAGUCAAGAAUUAGCACAUUACGGAAAAAGGGGUUGAGUAAGUCACCAGUUAUAAAAGACUUCGCCUUUAACUUACAACAGGCUACCACCGGAGAAAAAAAAUUGAUAGAUAGCGCACAAAUAGUGCAUAACGACGACAGUAAUACGACGCCAAAUGAACCUAAAGGAACAGCAAGUGAAGAAUUAGCAGAAAAGACACAGCAUCCGUCCCCAAAACCGCAUGAUAUAGAGGAGUUAGAUCCUGAACAAAAUUCAAGUACUGGCAAAGAUAACGAUUUAAGUGAUUCAAUUGACAAAUCAAAGGAAAAAGGAAUCAGAAAUCAGCCACAGUUGGCUGAAAAAGUAUUCUCUGAAAUCAAAAAAACCAACAUUGAAUGGAAGCACGGAUCAGACGAAUCUGAAAGCGGAAACAUGGUGAAUGAUGCAUCUAAGGAUGACGUAAAGUUUGAGAACACCGACGAACAAGAGGAGGUAAUAAACGCUGAGAAGAAAGACGAAAACCUUACCAAGAAAGCUAGGGAAGUUGAGACAGACUUUGUCACGACAAAACCAUCCACUACCAUGACAAAAGCUAAUGUAGGAGCAUUGGAUAUAUCUUCUAAGUUGGAUACGAAUGUCCAAAAGAGUAAGUUGCCAGAGGGACAGAAGGAACAGUGCAUUGACAAAGAACGGGAUAACAUAAUAGAAGAAGACGAGAAUGAUACCAAAAAGAAAGUGAAGGAAGGUGUGUCUGAAGGGAACAAAGAUGGGACCGUGAAGAAAGAAAACCAUGAUGUUACAGAAAAAAUUGACAAUAUUACCAAUAACGAUGAAGCGGAAAGUAUCAUAGAAGAAAGCAAAGAUAGUACCAAGAAGAAAGAAAUGGAAAAUGUCACCGAAGAAGACAAGAGUGGUAUGAAAGAGAAAGAAAUUGACGGUGCUGCUGAAAAAGACAAGGGUGAUGCAAUUGAGAGAGAAACAGAGGAUGUCACGGCAAAGAACAAGAAUGACAUCACGAAGAAAGCAAUUGAAUCUGUCACUGAAGAGGAAGAUGAUCAAAAAGCAACUAUAAACGUUUCUGAAAUAGAUUCCCAAAACGAUGACACAAAAGAGAGUGGUGGCUCAGAUAUUGUCGCUAGUGAUAACAAGGUGAGCGAUUCAGAGAAAAAGAUAUCUCAAAGGGAAGAUGCGACCGGGGAAUCAAGCCAGACCCCAGAUAAGGCCUUUACUACAGAGGAAAAUGUAUCACAAGGAACAGAGCCAGUUUUAACUGUAACAGAUGAAAACUCUAUCACCGAUGACCCAGAAUUGGAAAAAAAUGCAACAGAGCAAGCACAUAAUGAGAUAAUGCCUUUAGAUACUACAGGGGAUGCAACGAGCGAAAAAGAUGUUGAAACCUCCCGCAAAGAUACAGAAUCAGAACCAACAUCCAGUGACACAACUCUGCCACUGGACAAAGAAGUCAUUGACGAUGAGAAACGUACCAAAGAACGUGCAUCAGAAAAACCUAAGUUGGACAAUGUUCACCCAACGACGGGUAAAGAUGUAGAAGAAGCGAAUUCAACAGAGCUGAAAUCUGUUGACGCUAAAAGUGAAUCCAUCCCCCAAGAAAGCGACACAGCAACCCAAGAUUUAAAGGACGAUGAAACGCAAGAGCUUUCCCUGGGCGACUCCCCUCCGGAAAUGGAGACCAAGCCUGCCACAAAGAGCAAUACCAAAUCAACGCUAGACGAACUAUUUGCUGAAACAGACGCUUUUUUAAAAGAACUGGAAAUGGUGGACGACUCUGAAUUGAAUGCAUUGGCUCAGUCGCUAGAUAAAGAAGAUAAACCUCGCAGCGGGAAUCCCCAAACUCCAGUGGCGGAACCCUCCCCUACGGUCAUAAAACAGAGCGAUAUCACUGCCAUGCUGUCGAAGGAGCCUGUGUACAUUUACACGUCGCUUGCUGGCGGCGGGUUCCACAUGAUCCCGCGCACAAACCGUCUUGCUACGAUCCUCACAGCGAACAAGGUAGAGUUUACGUACCGGGAUCUCGGGACGGAUGACGAGGCAAGGAAAGUGUGGAAGACGUACAGCCGCGGGAGACUGCUGCCUGCUGUUGUGCGUGGCCGGGACGACAUUAUCGGGAAUUGGGAAGAGAUCGAAGAUCUCAACGAGGAGUACAAAGUCCGGGAAGCCAUAUACUCCACUUUAUGA